AUGGAGAAGGUCCAAUACAUAACCCGCUCUGCUCUGAGGAGAGCCUCAACUAUUGAGGUCAACCCACAAGCACGCCAAAGGCUCCAAGAGCUCUUUGUGAAUUUCUGCCUGAUUCUAAUUUGCCUCUUGCUGAUCUGUAUCAUUGUGAUGCUCCUCUGAAGUUCCAGCACUUCUCUGCACUGUCCUCUAGGAAAGUCACCCCAAAGGGAAGAGAGACCUACACCCGCAACUCCCAAUGCAAGGAUCCUCUUGUGAGAGGGGCUAGCACUUGGACUUGAGCUGUAUGCCAACCAUCGUGCUCUUCUCUUUCUACCUUCUACAUGUAUUAAAAACACACUUCUGU